AUGCCAACAGCGUCUUCCUCCGAUUCCAAUGAUCGGGAAACAGAAUUCCGGUCACCGUUCCUGCCGGCGGCGGAAAAACCUGGUGGAGAAUCAGAACCGGAGAAGCUGUGCAUCGACGUGAUGCUUCAGAACUAUUGCGGCGAGUUCGGGCGGUGGCAGUUUAAGCACUUCGUCCUAACGUGCCUCGCUUGGGCUUUGGAAGCGUUCCACACAAUGGUUAUGAUAUUCGCCGACCGCGAACCGGAGUGGAGGUGUCUGGAUGGCGCGGCCGGUUUGGGUUGCGAACCGGGUGCGACGAGCGUGUGCCGGUUCGAACCGGGUUCGUGGGAGUGGGUGGGAGGGUCGGGUUCUUCCACCGUUGCUGAGUGGGGUUUGGUUUGUGGUGACAAGUUUAAGGUUGGGCUGGUUCAGGCCGUCUUCUUCGGCGGCUGUAUGAUCGGUGCUGGAAUAUUUGGGCACCUCUCAGACUCAUUUCUUGGAAGAAAAGGUUCUCUCACAGUGGUUUGCAUCCUAAACACAAUCUUUGGCACCUUAACUGCAUUUUCCCCUAACUAUUCAUCAUACCUCAUCCUCCGCCUCCUCACCGGUUGCAGCACCGGUGGCGUUGGCCUCUGCGCCUUCGUCCUCGCCACCGAACCCGUAGGCCCCAAAUAUCGCGGCAUCGCCGGCAUGUCCACCUUCUACUUCUUCUCAUCUGGCAUCACACUCCUCUCAGCCAUCGCUUACAUCUUCCCCACAUGGCGCAAACUCUACAUAGCUUCUUCCAUUCCCUCUCUCCUCUUCCUCAUCACCACCCUCCCCUUCAUCUCUGAGUCCCCGAGAUGGUACCUCAUAAGAGGAAGAAUCAACGAAGCCAUCAAAAUCAUGUCCACAAUCGCCACCACAAACGGUAACCACCUUCCACAACGAGUAAUUCUUACCCUCGAUGAGGAACCAUCGCCGCCACCAAUACCAACACCGCCGAAUGCCUCGUGCAACGUGGCGAACAAAGACGCGGUGACGGGGUGUCUUAUUGACGUUCUUCGCUCGCCGGUGACGCGCACGCGCUUGGUUCUGGCUGUGGUGAUUAACUUUUUAUGUUCGGUGGUGUACUACGGUUUGAGUUUAAACGUGGUGAACCUCGAAACGAAUCUUUAUCUCACCGUUAUACUAAACGCCGUGGCGGAGAUGCCGGCGUUUAUGAUAACUGCGAUGUUGUUGGAUAGGUUGGGAAGGAAGCCGUUAACGAUAGGGACGUUAUGGUGGAGUGGGUUGUUUUGUUUCCUUGGGAGUUUGGUUGGUAACGUUGGGGUGUGGAAAGGUGUCAAAAUGAUGUGUGGGAUUUUGGGGAUUUUUGGAAUGGCGGGGACUUAUAAUUUGUUGUUUAUUUACACCGCCGAGUUGUUUCCCACGGUGGUGAGGAACGCCGCACUCGGCUGCGCCACCCAAGCGGCGCAAAUGGGGGCCAUUUUGGCACCGGUUGUUGUCGUUUUGGGUGGCGCGUGGCCGUUUGCGGUGUUCGCUUUGUGUGGAAUAAGUGGUGGCCUCUUUGCGUUUUAUUUGCCAGAGACACUGAACCAACCUCUCUAUGAUACGUUGGCGGGAUUGGAGGCCAAGGUUAAUAACGUUGCCUCCAUUAUUGUAUGA